GUUCAGUAAUCUUUGGAGAGUCGUCGGGAUCGCUACGCAGUGUCGAGACGCAACGUUGCUCACAAAACAGAAAAUGAAUUGACUGUUGGAAGUACUUGGAGUGCAAAGAGAAAUAUAUAUAGUGCGCGAACCGCGAAAUUGGCCAAGGGAAGACGCAUAGCCCUCUGGGUGCAUCAGCAUGUCGAGCAGGCGAGCCCAGUCCCUGCCGCCGCACAUGUUGGAGCCGGUGAAGCCGGAGCGUGGACGCUGUGUGACUGCCAUCUGCGUUUCGUGGAAGGUGUUCAGCUGCAUCGUCUCCCAUGUGCUGCUCGUGCUGCUCGUCGUCUCGUACUGCGUGGGCGGCGCCUAUUUGUUUCAGCACCUCGAACGGCCGCACGAAAUUGAGGUCAAGCGGGACAUACGGAAUCUGCGCUUCAAUCUCACCGAGCGCAUUUGGCUGCUCUCCGACGAUGCGGUCGUGCUGCGGGAGAGCGAUUGGAUGGCGAAUGUGAGCAAGCACCUGGCCAACUUUGAGAAGCAGAUCAUGACGGCCAUCAAGACAGACGGCUGGGAUGGCGACGAGGAUCUGCUCAAAUCGCAAUGGACCUUCGCCGGCUCACUUUUCUACUCCAUCAUAGUCAUAACCACGAUUGGCUAUGGCCACAUAUCACCGCGCACAGACUGGGGCAAGGUGACAACGAUUUUCUAUGCCAUCGUGGGCAUCCCAUUGAUGCUGCUAUGUCUGUCAAACAUUGGAGAUGUGAUGGCCACAUCGUUUCGGUUUCUCUAUUGGCGCAUCUGCUGCUAUGUGUGCACCCGUUCGGCCAGGCGUUCCAGGAACCGUCGCUCGAGGCAAAGAUCGAUUCGUAUGCGCUCGCAGCGCGUUACGUCGCGGUCGCAGCCGCCGCCGACGUUCAGGCGUUCCAUGAAGAUGACGCAGCGCUCCAACAAUGAUUCUGGACUGGGUCCCUCUUUGGGUCACGCCUACUCAGACCCAGAGCUACGUACGAUUGGCAGGAACUACGAUGAUCGAGAUCGCGACUUUGGCGGCGGGGGCGGCUAUCGGGGCAGUGGAGGACGACCACGUCGCCAACAGUUAUACCACGUGCCGCUGCAGCAUGAGCCUCGCAAGCGUCACACCAUCUACGGGGAUGAGUACGAGCCACAGACGCUGAAUCGAGCCAAUCGUUACAGCAGCCGGCAGCGACAGAGGGACAGAAUGCGGGAUCGGCACACAGUGGAGCGCGAGCGUUACCUGGGCCACUCAAGAAACCACAUACAUGGCUCCAUCGAUGACUUCAGCGACAUGCAGCCACCGGCCAAGCGAGCAGCGAGUGUGCGCUCGGUUCGCUCACCCCAGCAGCAGGAGACGCGCGCCUCGCGAGAGCUGGACCGCCUGCAUUCGGUUCCAGGUCGUGGGCGGGCGAAGAGUGUGGAUCCGCGGCACAGCCACGCCUCCUCACACUACGAAGACGUGGACGAGGAUGUGGUUCGCAAGACGCCCAUCAUACACAAUCGUUAUGCGCUGGAGGACGACGACUUGGUCAGUAGCAGGCAGCAAUCUCGCAAUGCUCCGCGCAGCCAAUCGAUGCCCAGGUCGGCGCAUCGUCAGCGCCAACGCCAAAGGGAACUGGAGCGCGAGCGUUCGCCGCAGCCAACACCUUCGCACCACCACCACCACCACCAUCAUCAGCAACAACAGCUACGACCCAAUGGACGACGUGCUGGCAGUCUGGGCCGUCAAUCCUCUCGAUAUGGCAAUCAUCUUGAGCCGCCAGACUACGAUCCGGACCCGCCGCAACGACAGCGGCGCGCUCGUUCGCCGCGCUACGCAGACUAUGUGGAGGAGAGCUUUGAUGAGCUGUCCAUGUGCGAAGACAAUGGCCUGUACGAGGAUUAUCCAGUGCGUCAUGGCUCCCGCAAUCGAGAAAGAGAACCGCGCCGCGAACGUCGUCGCGAGCGCCGGUUGCCGCCCUCCCCACGCAUCAUGUCGCCCAUGGGCUUUCCCGUGCAGCGCCAGAUCAGGCGGCGCCCCAGCUACGACUACGACGACGAGGACUCAAUGUACGGCGAUGACUAUGGCGACGACAUGGUGCCCAAAGAUCGGCCAGUGCCCAUCUGGCUAUGCGUCUUUCUAGUUGUCAGCUAUAUACUAGGCGGCGCUGCGCUCUUUAACGCCUGGGAGACCUGGUCCUUCCUGGACUCUGCCUACUUUUGCUUCAUCACGUUGACCACAAUAGGCUUUGGUGACUUUGUGCCCGACAAGGGCGUGAAGGACGAGUCCCAGCAGUCCAUUGCCUACUGCUCGCUGUAUCUGCUCUUUGGCAUCGCUUUGCUGGCCAUGAGCUUCAAUCUGGUGCAGGAGGAGUUCAUAGCCAAUGUUAAGGAAGUGGCACGGCGCCUGGGCAUACUCAAGGAUGAUGACGAUGAGCAGGAGGAUGAAUAGGCCUCUUAAAUGAAAAUAAAAUACUCCGAAGUUCGAUUUUAAUUAUUCCAAAAAUUAUACAAGAAUUUCAAU